AUGAUAAUUUGGUUUAUUCAACCAACGAUUUUUUACAUAAUUUUUAUCUUAGCACGAAAUAUACAAUGUACCUACAAAGGAGAUAAUAUAAAUGAAAUAAAAAGCAUAUUAGACAAUGGUGAGUUAUACAAUAGCUUAAGCAAUUUAGAAAAUCUGUUAUUGCAGACAUUAGAACAAGAUGAAUUAAAGAUUCCAAUGAUGAAAGGUGAUCUUGAUAAGUAUUUAAAUAUGUCAAAUUUUAAAAUACUUAAUGAAUUAAAUGCUGAUGGGGCAGAAAAACCAUAUAUAAUACCUACAGCUAAUUGUAGUGCUAAUGAUAUAGUAAAAUAUGAACAUGCUUUAAAAACUCAAAUAACUCUAGAAUAUAAACCUGAAAUAUCUGAUAAGAUUAAAAGGAAAAACAUUGUUAUCAGAACAUUAAAAAUAAUAAAAUUUAUGAAAACACCAAUGGAUGCUUAUAAAAGUACAAAUAAUAUAAAACAAUCUCUAUUAGAAAUGAAUAAACUUUUUACAAAUAAAGAAAAAAAAUUAAACGAACAUACCAUUAAUGCUUUAAGACUCAGAGACAGGAUAUUCAAUACCAAUAAAUUAACUCAUAGAGCUAUUAAAAAGGGUAUUUCUACAUACAUGCCUAUAGAAACGAAAUCUGAUAUAAUUGAUUAUGAUGAUCUUUUAUUUACGAACCAUCCAAGUAUUGAACUUAUGGAAAAUUUAGAUAAAUUAGCAAAUUAUUACCAUAUAGGAAUGUUUAAUUUGAUUGGUUCACAUUAUAUAGCUAUUGGACAUUUUAUUACUUUAAAAUUAGCUCUAAAGAAUUAUAAAAAGUAUUUUGAAAUAGGAAGUUUGAAAUAUCUUAACUGGCAGAGUAUUUUAAAAUUUAAUCAAUCUGAUAGAUUUAAAGUGUUAGAUUUGAUUUGUGAUGAAAGUAGUUUGUAUGAGGACAAAUGGAAAAGAAGAGAACAAAAUAUAUUUUUCGACAUCAGAAGAAUGUUCCGUUUUAAGUUUUUAAUACAUCAUAUUAAUAAAUAUCAGAUGGAAUUAUUGGAAGUAGAAAGGAGUGUAAUAUAUAUGAAAGUGAAAGAUUUAAACAAGAACAAGAAAAAGGGUGUAGAAUUUCACGAUAAUAACAACUAUAAAUUUUCACAGAGAAUGUUUCCUGCUUCAAAAGUAGUUGAUCCAUUUAAUUUGUUUACAAAUUAUUUUUAUUUAUAA